CGGUAAGGCCCCCCAUCCACUUACAGUUCGAACUGCAGUUCUUGACUGCAGUCAGAACUGUGAACGGUGGACUGUGGACUGUUGAAAAAUGUUCACGUCAGUACGGACUGCAGUCGCGGACCGCAGUCCGUUCGGUGGCGUGGUUGUCGUGGUCAGUCUUUCCGGUGUUUUGCCGUAGGUGUGUACUUUGUAGUUAUUAUUCGUUAUAUUAUUUAUUAUAUUUUUAGUUAUAUUAUUCGUUUUGUGGCUGUAGGAAAAGUGCAUUCUAAGUUCUUAUCGUAUGUGAAGUUAAAGUGCAAUGUCUACGUUUGAAGAUUUGGCAGCAUACGCUGUAAUAGCGGUAGCUAUUAAAAAACGCAAGAAACGAAGGCAUCAAAUGUGGAAAAAAGAAUGGCUUCAGAGGAAGAGAUUUAACCACGUUCACCUUCUUAGGGAGCUUGAAGCAUAUCCUAGAGACUGGAAAAACUACUUAAGAAUGGACGAGAAAACGUACUUUGAUUUAUUACGUAUAGUAACACCAUUGAUUACCAAACAAGAUACAAAAAUGAGGGAAGCCAUUACACCACAUGAAAAACUGACUGCGACAUUGCGGUAUCUAAGCACUGGCAGAACAAUGGAAGAUUUAAAGUUUUCAACGAGAAUUUCCCCCCAAACAUUAGGAAGAAUAAUUCCAGAGACCUGCUCAGCUAUUGUCAAGGCCUUGAAUGACUAUUGCAAGGUACCGAAUACAGCCGAGGAGUGGAAACAAAUUGCACAGGAGUACGGGGAAAAAAUGGAAUUUCCCCAACUGCCUAGGCAGCAUGGAUGGAAAGCAUAUAGCCAUAACACCACCACCUGGAAGUGGUUCUUACUUCUAUAA